CUAAAUUUUGUUAAUGGGGUCUCGUUAAUUGUUUAAAGGUAUAGAUUUGCUAGCUUUUCAUGAUUUUCAUUCCAAAAUUUUACAGAAAACCUUUUCCUUUUCGCCUUUAUCUGAUGUAAAUGAGUAGAUACCCGCGGACAUAGAUGCCACACAUUGAUGAUAUCUGAUACAAAAAUACAUCGGUUGGACCUAAUCUUACUAGGACCUUUUUUGGACUUUUUGAACCUAGUUCAUCACUUUCCAUACUUACAAUAGUUGCCAGCUUAAGUAAAAUAGUCUAGUCUUCCCUUCCAUAAAUAAUACUUUUUUUUGUUUUUUUUAGUUGACACCUUUCUAUUAUGUUUUAACGCAUGUUUUUAACGAUUAAUAUCUUAAUCAUCAACAUUGUAAAAUUGUAAAAGUGGAUUUAAUAAAAUAUACAUUGAAACGAUUCAAAUAAGAUCCCACGUGAAUAUGUUUUAACGUAUCUAUAAACCACAAAAGCGAGUCAAAGUGUGUUGUGUGAAUAGUGUAAAAGUCAAACGGUAUGAAGGAAGUAUAUAGUAAUACAUAACUAUUUUAAGUCGUCCCAUAAUCACGCCCGUUUAUUCUUAAUAAUAUUAUGUGUAUAUGUGUGGGUUGGUCUCAAUUAGAGUUAAAGUUGAAAUUUUCUCUUAGUAGACCAUGUAGUGGCAGAUUCAUCACAUGCCUAUGGUGAAUAUUUUUUUAUUUGUUAAAGUCUAUGGGGGUGCCCUACCUUUGAUGUCAUGAAUUAAUUAAUAUUAAAGAUAAAACUAAGUAACAUGGGUUAGGUAAUGAAGCUUAUUACUACCUCCGUUUCUUUUUAGUUGACACAUAUUUCUUUUUAGGAAGUUUUUUUUUAGUUGACACGUUUUCUUUUGGGGUAAAUUUCUUACCUUUUAUUUACAAGCUACCCCACUUGCUUUUUCAUGCCCUCUCACUUUCUCUCAUCUCCAUAAUAUAUGUGCCUAAAUCAAACGCGUCAAUUAAAUAGAAAUGGAGGAAGUAUAUACUACGUAUUAUUUUUUGACUGUUUAGGGUUGACCCUUCACUCCUUCAGGUCACCAUUCCUAUCAUUCUAAUUAGCCACCAAAGUCACAGAUAUCCACAGUUUUAAGUAUUUCAUCUUCCCUAAAAUCACAGCUUUUUUCCUCUGAAUCCACCUGUUCAUCUUUAGAACUUGGUGCGCAAAUGGCUGAUGUUGGAGCUAUACUCACUGUUACUCAGACUUUAUUUGCAGCACUGGAAUGUUCAAUCCUCAAGGAGAUUUUCUCCAUUUGGGGUUAUAAAUCUGAAUUGGAAGAGCUCAAAAAAACGGUUUCCACCAUCACAAAAGUGCUCCUUGAUGCGGAUGCCAAGCAAGUGUUUACCAACGAAGAGCAAUACUGGAUUGAGAAGCUGAAUGAGGUUGUUUAUGAUGCUGAUGAUUUAUUUGAUGAGAUCCUUACAUUUGCUGAGCAAAAGUAGCAAAAUGAUGUAAGUAAAUUCCUUGAAGAGUUGCGUAGCUUCUUUUCUUCUAAUAACCAAUUUAGUGUGGCUUACGCAAUGUCUCGACGGGUUAAGAAAAUCAAGAAAAAAUUGGGUGCUUUUGCUGAUAAUCAUAGAAAAUUUGGCUUAGCUGUCAACUCCCACCAACCAGUUGUGAGAAGAGUGGAAAGUUGUUCUUAUGUUUGUGUGAAUGAUGUUAUUGGGAGGGAGGAUGACCUGAAGGCUUUGAUGCCCAUGUUGGAUUCUGAUUUUAAGGAUGAUGUUGGUUUUGUCACUAUAGUGGGAGUUGGAGGAUUGGGGAAAACCACUCUUGCCCAGUUAGUGUAUCAUGGCGAAAGGGUUAAACAUGAGUUUCCCUUGAGGCAAUGGGUUUGUGUUUCCGAUCAAAUGGCGAACAAUUUGAUGUGUAAUCAAUUCUUGCUAAGAUAUCAGAAUCAGCUAUGUACCAGAAGCAGGAUGGCUUUGGAAUGGAUCCAUUGCAAAGUGAACUACAAGAGCAGCUAGGGGGUAAGAAAUACUUGCUUGUUCUUGAUGAUGUGUGGAGUGAAGAUCGCUUCAAGUGGCUUGAUGUGAGAAAGUUCUUAAUGCUAGGUGGAAGGGGAAGUAGUGUUGUUGUGACUACACGCUCAAAAAUGACAGCAAAUAUUAUAGGAAGUGAGCACAGUACUUAUGAGUUGAAAGGCUUGUCCAAAGAGGAUUCUUGGCGAUUGUUUGAGAUGACAGCAUUUGGCAUGGAGCACAACCUAAUUUGCCCUUCUGAAUUAGUCGAGAUUGGGGAGAAGAUUAUUGAAAAGUGUCACAAUGCUCCUCUGGCUAUAAAGGUGGUCGGAAGUCUUCUAUUUGGUCAAGACACCAGCAAGUGGCGCUCAUUUCAAAAGUGUGGUCUAGCCAAGAUUAGAAAAGGUAUUGUGCAUUGUUUCCCAAGAACUUUGUCAUAUGCAAAAGAAAGUUGAUAAGCCUUUGGAUGGCACAACAGUACAUUGUGCCCUUUGAUGAGGGACAAAGCGUAGAAGAUGCUGGCGAGGAAUACUUUUCUAUUUUGUUGAGAAGAUGUUUCUUCCAUGAUGUAAUAAAGAACGAAUAUGGUGACGUCAAAUCAUUUAAAAUCCAUGACUUGAUGCAUGAUGUUGCUCAAGAUGUAGCAGGAAAGGAAAUAUGUUUAGCGAACUCCAUCACAAGCAACUUGGCAGAUACAACACGGCAUAUAUUUCAUGCUGGAAACACAUGUACUAAGAGUUUCUCUAAACUUAAAAUCCGAUCAUAUCUUAGGGAUGGCUAUAACCAAUUACAGGUGAGUACAUUAUUAGCAAGUUGGAGGUGUCUGAGGAUAUUGGAUUUGCAUGACUUGGGUAUCAAAUAUUUGCCGGAUUCAAUAGGUAAACUGGUGCAUUUAAGAUAUCUUGAUCUGUCUGGCAAUAGAAAUCUCAAGGCACUUCCUGAUUCAGUUACGAAGUUAUCAAACUUUAGAUUUAAGUAAUUGCUUUUGGUUCUGCAGUUGGCCAAAAAACUUCAACAAACUAGUUAAUCUUAGAUACUUGCUUAUAUUUGGCUGCAGUUUAUUGCUGCAUAUGCCUCCAUGCUUGAAUAAGUUGACUUGUCUUCAUGCACUUUCUAAUUUUGUAGUGGGGAAUGAAGAUAUAUAUGGAAAGCAAUGUGUUGGCCAGCUGGAAGAUCUUAAGGCUCUCAAGAAUUUAAAAGGUAACAUUGAUAUCUCCAUUUAUGCAAGUGGCUCAGAUGUCAAGGAGAAUGAUAGUGAAGUGGGAUAUUUGAAAAGCAUGGAACAUUUCAAAGGGGUAUCAAUAACUUUUGAGGGAUGUCAUUUACCAGAAGAAGAUUAUGGACCUGUUGCUAAUUGUCAUGAAUCUGUGCUGAAAAACCUGCAGCCACAUCCUAAUCUCAAGAGCCUAAAAUUGUCAGGGUUUCAGGGUAUGAACAUUCCAUUUUGGGGAAGACAGUGGACAACAUUUUUUCCAAAUAUAGUCAAGAUCAAUUUAGAAUUUAUCCAUAAUUUGCAGAUUCUCCCAUCACUGAGCAAUUUGCAUCUUUUAAAAUCUCUGUAACUUAUUGGCCUGCGUAAUUUGGAGUUCAUAGAGGAUAUGAGCAGCACUAAUGGUAAUGCAGCAGAAUUGAACUUCUGUUCCCUCAAAUUUCUAGAAAUCAGGGAUCUACCAAAGUUGAAAGGAUGGUGGAGAGAGGAGGAGUUAAUUGCUGACCAUGUCAUUGAUAGCAGCAAGAGCUUGAAACCAUCAUUUCCACUUCUUUCUGUAUUGGUCAUUGAUAAUUGCCGUAACUUGACAUCAUUUCCUCCCUGUACAAUCUUGGAACAACUUUCUUUGAUAAGUUUGAAUAAGUUUCCGCGUAUAAGAAUGGGUCAGGAAGAUGUAGGGUUUGUUUCUUCCUUGUCAAAUUCUACAAUGUCAGAUACUGGAACUUCACUCUCGAAAUUGAGGCAUGUAGCUUUUGAUGACAUUCUUUAUUUUAAUACAAUUCCUGUGGAAUGUCUUACUAGCAUGUGCAUUAGACAUGCUUUGGAGCUGGAGUGUUUAUCAGAGGUAGGAGAGCUAUUAAAGAGAUGUUCUUCUCUGCGAAAACUUGCGAUUUCUUGUUGCUUCAAACUUAGAAGUCUUUCAGGCGGUUUGGAGUAUCUCACUGGUUUGGAGUCACUAUCAAUUCAUGUCACCCCAAUGGUCUUCUCCUCUACAGAGGAAUGAGAGGAUAAUGAUGGUUUGCCUUGGAGACCCCUUGCUCAGACUCUCCAUUUACUGGAAUUAAUUGAGACAGUUCGAGUGGAAAUUUUACCCAAGGGAUUGCAGUACUUGACCAGCCUCCGACAUCUGAAAAUUGAUGGUUGUAUGACUUUGAAUGCCAUACCAGAAUGGAUAAGCUGUCUAUCAUCUCUUCAAUCCCUGAGCCUCAGUGGUUGUUAUAAUCUCAAAUCACUUCCCAGUGUAAUGCAAAAGCUCACCUCUCUUCAGAGACUUGAAAUAAAGCGUUGUUCAAAGCAUCUAUCCAGUAGAUGUCGAAAUCCAAAUGGGGAGGAUUUGCCCAACAUCCAGCACAUUUCCUCCAUAUCCAUCAGUGAAUAGUUUUACAGAAAGUACUGUCAGUUGAAUUUGUCAACUCAGUCUCUGCUUUGAUAAUACCUAUCACAUACUGUACUUUGUUUGUCACAAAAAUAAUAUCUAUCUCCUUGAGAAAUUAGCCUCAGAUUUUUGCAAACUUUGGAUCUUCCUAUUGUUUCAACACAUAGUAGUUAGUAGAUACAUUUUUAUUUUAGCAAUGAAGAAAGAUUGAUGAAAUUUUGCACCACUACAGAAUUCAGUUUCAUUGGUUUCAAUAAGGCAAGUUUUCACAUAAGCUUUGAUCAUAUG